AUGUCCCUCACCUCCAGCACUAAAGCCCCGGUCGACCAUGUCCAGACCCCCGAGGAAGAUGGCAUCGUCCGUUCCCGGCCUGGCAAGGCCACGAAGGAGGAACGUCGCAUCCUCCACCGCGUGGACCGCCGGUUGAUCGUCAUGUUGGGGUUGCUGCAUACGGUCUCCCUGAUCGAUCGCGGGAAUCUGGGGACCGCGUCGGUGGCCGGCAUGACCAAGCAGUUGCAUCUGAUUGGGAUGAGAUAUAGCAUCAUCGCCGUCGCGUUCUUCCCGCCGUACAUCUGCUUCCAGGCGCUGGGGCCGGUCUUGGUCCGGAAGCUGGGGCCGGUGGCGUAUAUCUCGGGCGUGUGUUUUGUGUGGGGAGCUGUGAUGUUGGCGGCGGGCUUUGUCAAAGACUGGACCCAGCUGGUCGGAAUUCGGAUCGUUAUCGGCGCCCUGGAGGCGGGCUUCUUCCCCGGAGCGGUAUACCUGAUUUCAACAUGGUACACGCGGUUUGAGAUCCAGAAACGAUACGCCUUGUUCUAUCUGCUGGGCUGCGUGGCGUCAGCCUUCACGGGGUUGCUGUCGUAUGGGAUUACCUUCAUGAACGGCCUAGGAGGGCUGACGGCCUGGCGCUGGAUCUUCGUGAUCCAAGGCCUCAUCACCUGCGUCCUGGCCGCGAUCGCCUACUUUGUAUUGAUCGACUUCCCCGACCGCAUGCUGACCCAGCGCAACCGCUUCCUCUCGCCGCGCGAGUACGAGCUCGUGAUCCGGCGCAUCGAUGCGGACCGCUCCGACGCUGCCGUCGAGCCGUUCAACCUCCGCAAAUACCUGGCCGCCGGCCUCGACAUCCAUAUCUGGGGCUUCGGGCUGAUCUAUUUCUGCAGUACGACCACUGCGUAUGCUCUGUCGUACUUCCUGCCGAUCAUCUACCAGAAGGGCAUGGGGUUCUCGACGGGCGUGUCGCUGUGUCUGUUUGCGCCGCCGUACGCGGCCGCGGGGAUUGUGAUGAUGGCGACCUCGUGGGUUGGGGAUCGCUAUCGGAUUCGCGGGCCGAUCAUUGUGCUUAACUCGGUGCUGAGUUUGAUUGGGUUGCCGUUGAUGGGCUUCACGACGGGCGUGGCGCCCCGCCUGGUGGGAUGCUUCUUCACCACCAUCGGCGCGAAUGGGAAUAUCCCAGCCGCGAUGGCGUAUCAGGCAAACAAUGUGCGCGGCCAGUGGAAGCGCGCCAUCUGCAGCGCCAUCUUCGUGGGACUCGGGGCGUCCGGCGGGAUGACGGGAUCGCUCGUGUAUCGCUCGCAGGAUGCGCCAGAGUACCGGCCGGGCAUUUUGGUCAGUAUCGGUCUGACCUGCUUGUCCAUUGUGUUGGUGGGUUUGCUGUCGCUGCGACUGCAUUAUCUGAAUAAGAAGGUGGAUAAGGGGGAGUUGGUGAUCGGGGGGUUGCGCGGGUUCAAGUAUACGCUCUAG